GAUAAGAAAGAAAAGAAGCGAAACAGAAAGUGUUUGACCGAGAAUUUAGUUUUAAAGUUACUGUGCGCGGAAAUUUGCAACAUUUCAAUGGCGUCGUCGAAGCAGUUUAAGGAGGAGAGAGCAGAGGCUGAAGCGAGGAAAGCCGCACUUGAUCUUAAAGAUGUGAACAGAGAAAGAGAGUACGAAUCAGCUGGGGUGAAGAUGGACAAGGACAUGUACGGCCAGCAAAGGGAGACAUCUCAUGUGCAGCAAGAAGCAAAGCCUGGCGUUAUUGGGUCUGUUUUUAGGGCUGUAACCGGCACAUUGGAGCAUGCCAAGGACGCUGUUGUGGGAAAAAGCCACGACACUGCUGUUGUAGCAAGGGAGCGUUCUGAAUACACCACACUUAAGGCGAAGGAAACGACUGACGCGGCUGGGGAGAAGCUGGGAGAAUGUAAGGACGCUGCAGAUCGGCCGGCGAACGAGGCUGCUGAUAGAGCCGCAGAGAAGACGAUGGAAGUGAAGGACACUGCUGCUCAGAAGGCCAGGGAGGGGGCAGAGAAGGCGAGAGAGACCAAGGAGUCUGCCAAGGGAAAGGUUGGCGAGUAUUCGGAUUACACGGCACUAAAAGCUAAAGAUGACAAGGAUGCCGCGGCGGAGAAGGCUAAGCAGACGAAAGACUGUGUUGCUGAGACUGCAAGUGAGACCAAAGAUGCUGCGAUGAGGAAGGCUGAAGAGUACAAGGAUUACACUGCUCAGAAGGCCAAGGAUGCCAAGGACACAACAGUGGGGAAGGCAGAGGAGUACAAGAACUACACGGCAGAAAAGGCAAAAGAGACUGCGGACACAGCAAGAGAUAAGACGAAAGAGACAGCGGAGUACACAGGUGAGAAGUCAAAAGAAGGGAAGGACACUACUGUGAGCAAGUUGGGUGGGCUUAUGAAUUACUUGACUGGUAAGAAAGAAGAUACCAAACAGAAGGCUGCAGAGACGGCUGAGACUAUCAAAGACAAUACUAGAACUACAGCCGAGGCUGCGAAGGAGAAGACCAUGGAGACGGCGGAGGAUACCAAACAACAGACCAAAGAGGCAGCUGGUAAAACCAAGGAGACAUUGGGUGAGACCGAGGAGGAAGCUAGGAGAAAGAUGGAGGAGUUGAGGCUUCGGGAGAAAGGAUAUGAAGCUAGAGCAAUGGACCGGGACGAGGACCGUGAGACUGAGGCAGCAAGGGGAACUGCAGCAAGGGGCAACAUUUUCAGCUCACUUGGGAGUGUGACUGAUGCUAUCAAGAGCAAGCUAACUCAUCCCACUGAUGUGGUGGAGGAAACCCGUACUGCACGUGAGGAGGUACCUGUGGGGGCCGUCGAGAAGGUUGAGAUUGACAUCAAGGAUACACGCCCAGGAGCUGUAGCGGCGGCACUUAAGAUGUCUGACCAGUUGUUUGGUCAAACUUUCAACGAUCCUGAUCGAAUGGAAGAUGAGGACAAGGUGGUCGUGGAGCGGCGCGUGGUGGAUGAAGCCGGAAAUGUUCGCAUUGACCGUAGUGGUAAGAAGUGAUCGGUUCCGGUGUGUAGUGUGGAUUUUAUUAUGUUUUGCCUUUUGGGGUGGAUAGCUAGUCGUACGUUUUGAUUGUGUUUUAGCUUCCAUAAAUUGGCUUUGGCCCUCUGUAUUAUGUGUAUCUUUAUGUCGACUAGCAUUUGGUUUUAUCACAUUAUCUGCUUUCAGCUAA